AUGGAUACCGAUUUUUUGAGAUAUAAGUUCGAAGACAGUCAUGAUGGAGUUAUUACAAAAACGAAAUUCAAACUUGGCAUACGACACCUUCAAAUUGCUUACAUGUUUGCCGCAUCAGUUGCAAUGGGCAUGAUGCGAGGCAGCACCGGCGUUGGUAUAUUAGCGAUAUCAGAAACAAACGAAAACUCCUAUGUUCAGGCUCACCACUGGAACAGACGUAUUCAGGGCACCAUAUUAACGUGGUAUUUCUUCGGAUACGCCUUAACGAUUAUACCAGCUGAGAAGUAUUUAACUCAAGUUGGGGAAAAGUUUGUGUUGACCUCUGUGUUGCUAAUCAACGGAGCGCUAUCUGCCGCCAUGCCUACGAUUGUAAAUAAGGGUGGUUGGGUUGCGACAUGUAACGCGCAGUUCUUACUGGGCAUGACACAAGCAUGUGUAACUCCCAUCAAUCAAAAGCUUAUAGCGAACUGGUUGCCGCCGUAUGAGAGGAGAAUAUUCAAUCAGCUUAUACAAGGAGGUUUGCUCCUAGGUAUCAUCAUAGCCUUACCCUUGUCUGGGGUUCUCUCUGAAUCAACGCUGAGCUGGGAGCUGAUAUUCUACUCGCAAGCAAUGAUGACGUUCUCCAUGGCAGCUGUAUGGGGUCUCCUGACUGCCAGCUCACCGGAGAAGCAUAAAGCGAUUGGGGACUCGGAGAGUGAGUUUAUAAGAGAAGCAAUUAGAUGUUAUCGCGAGAAGAAAACAAAAAAGCCAUGGAGACUGGUUAUAAGAACGCAUGAGUUUUGGUCCAUUGCUGUCGUUCAUGCGUCAACAAAUGCAAUUUUCACAUUUUUUCUCGCCGACAUGCCAGCUUAUUUGAAAACAUUUAAAUUAUCAUUGCCAGAUGAAAGUAUAAGAGAUGUGACCCAAAACUUUGGCGGGACACUUCUGGCGAUGACGAGUGUGGUGGCGAGUUUGGUUGGAUCUCUCGUACCACUCGUUACGGGGGUCAUUGUUGGAGAUGAUCCAACGGAUCAAAGCCGAUGGAAGUUAAUCUUUUUCAUCCUUACCGGCCUGUCGGUGUUCUGUAACGUAUUUUACACGGUUUUUGGGAGCAGUGAUCGGCAGAUUUGGGAUGACGUGGCGAGUACAAAGUUCGGAUAUACAAACGAUGCCAGCAAUUUAGAGUUGGAAGAACUUGGGACGGUUAGACAAAAACACACGAAAAAUGAACUCGAAUCGGUUAUGUGA